UUUCUUCGAGAGGGAGGCUAGAAAGCGAGGAAAUCUAAGAGCGGCGAGAAAAAGAUGUGGUUAGAUGGGGAAGAAGAGAGCGGACAUUACGGGAAUCACGGGUUCUUCAGUUGGAGGACAGUAUGACGUACGAUCCUCGUUCCAGCGACAGAGCAGGGUCAAGAGACUCGCUCCGAGUUGCAGAUCGAUAGGGUGCUAUUUUCCUUUUUCCUCUCUAUGUGCCCCCAUUAAUCAAAAGCUCGUUUUUUCUCUUCUUUCGUUGGGUUACAUCUGUCUUUUUGGUAUCGGAAGUGAUCAGCGACCGUCCAAGAUUCGGACCCUUCCCACUUUACAGGUGUGUGACUGAUUAUCAUGGCAAGUAAUGAAGCUGCAACUCCCCCAAAGUCUAACAAAGCAUCUUCUCCUGUGCAGUCACGGGAGACACCUGCAAAUCCUCCAUAUGCUGACUGGGCAACCAUGCAGGCGUAUUAUGGUCAUGGAAUGAUACCACCUACAUAUUUGUCUGGCCAUGUACCUCAUCCAUACAUGUGGGGCCCACAGCCUCUGAUUCCUCCUUUUGGGUCACCAUACACUGCAAUCUAUCCGCUUGGAGGAGUUUAUUCUCAUGCCUCAGUACCCCUUAGUUCUCAUACACAUUGUCAAGGGAUUGCACCAUCUCCAUCUCCUGCAGCAAGUGAAGCAGUAGUGAUGGCAACUCCAUUGAGUGUAGAAAUGCCUGCCAAGUCACCAAGGAAUAAAGAUAGACGUCUGGUGAAAAAGCUAAAAGGGCUUGAUGGCCUUGCAUUGUCUGGGGGCAAUGGCAGCACUGAGAACAGAGAUCAGGCUGAUGGGAACAGUGAGUAUAAUAGCACAGAAGGCUCAAGUUAUGGAAGUGAUGGAGAUAAUGCAGAAGGGGGAAUUAAAGACCAAAGAAAGCGAAGAUCUGAAGAUGUACCAUCCUCAGACAAUGCCACAAAUAGCGAACAGGUUAAUCCUGGUCACACUGAGGAAACAGCUACAUCCUCAAAACCAGCUGCAGGUGUUACCGGAGCAGCAGCUAUCACAGCAAAACCAGUAGGAAACAUUCCUUCAUCUGUCCCAGCAGCAGGGAUGGAUAUUAGAGUUUCCAAUGCCAGCAAAAUGAAAGCUAUCGGCCUACCUGUCCCUGUGGCAACUGGUGCUGUUUUUCCCAGUCACAACGGUGUAACUCCUGAACUUCGAAUGCAGGAUGAAAGAGAACUAAAAAAGGAAAGGAGGAAACAAUCCAACAGAGAAUCUGCUAGAAGAUCAAGGUUAAGGAAACAGGCUGAAACUGAGGAACUUUCUGCGAAAGUUGAGACUCUCAGUGCUGAAAAUACGAGUCUCAGAUCUGAAAUUAAUUGCCUAAUGAAGAAUUCGGAUAAACUGAGAUUGGAAAAUUCUGCUCUAAUGGAGGAACUGAAUAAUGUGCAGUCGGACCAUGUUGGCAACACAAUGGGUGUUAGAAUCCGGCCUGCGGUUGCUGAGAACUUCUUAUCAAUGAUAGAAAACCAAAGCUCGAUCAGUAGAAUGACCCAGCAAGAUGGUGACAGUAGCGAUCAGUCGAGUGGGAAGCUUCACCAACUCCUGAACAACAGUCCCCGAAGAGAUGCCGUGGCCGCAAGCUGAUCUUCAUCAUACUAAUCUCUAAUUUUGGAAAAAUUUUCAGCACAGAAGUACUGCUAACCUUAUACUAGGCUCGAUUGGCUUAGGUAGUAUGUAAGAGGCUUAUCGACUUGGUAGACAUGACCGAUUGAAGGCCAGGAGUUUUGCUGGCAUGGUGCUUUGUGAUUGAUGACGAAAAAGUAUGACGACUUGUACUGUAUAAUCUUGUGUCUAGGUUGUUCAGGCUGCUCUGCUAACUUUUAUGAUCCAUUCAUGGUGUUGGAAAGUUUUAGAAACCCAUGUUGUUGGAGAUCAUAAACAAAGAAACAACUGUACUUGCUUUUCUUGCUUAUGAGCAUGUCUUUGUCUGGACUACACUCACUUUGUUUCUUAAGUGAGGAACUUGGUAUUAUUUUCUUUUGUUGUGGUGUAGAGGUGCUCUAACAUAUCAGUAUGUCUUUUUCA